UCUCCCUCUUCCUGGCCCCCCCCAGCCCUUUCGAUGACCACAUGACCAAGUGGGCUCGCGGCCAAGCCACAAGCUACAAAAUGCAGCCCCCGGAGUGAGUGGGGAGCAUUCUUGCUGGCAGCCUGGGCCACGGGCAGUUGGAGCCGAGGCAGAGCAGCCAGCCGCUUGGAAAGAGCUCGUCGCCGCCCCCGUAGCCGCAGAGGCCAGCUUGGCGGCGCUGCCCCGCGGCAGGAGACCGAGUCUGCACGAGAGAGGAGGCGGCGAGCGCGCGCGGCAGCCGGCCAGCCUGCAGCGCGGCUCGGGCGCGCACCCUCUCGCGGCCCGGGAGCCACGCGAGCUCCGCGCCCGCACGCACCAGCCGCGGCUCGCCCCUUUCUUUGCCUCUGGGCGCCCGGCCUCUCUGCCCUCCCACCCCCUGGCCAGGGCCGCGGCGGCCCGAGGAGCAGCAUGAAUCUGCGGCUCUGCGUGCAGGCACUCCUGCUGCUCUGGCUCUCCCUGACCGCGGUGUGUGGAGGGCCCCUGCUGCAGCCUCCUGACGGGAAGGGGCUGGAGGAAGGCAAUGUCCACUACCUGGUGCAGCCCAGAGGGUCGAGGAACGGACCAGGGCCCUGGCAGGGAGGUCGGAGGAAAUUCCGCCGCCAGCGCCCGCGCCUCUCCCAUAAGGGCCCCAUGCCUUUCUGAAGCAGGACUGGAGGGGCCCCCAAGUGCUCACCCCCUGCGACUCUCUACUCCGUAGAUUGGUCUGCUUCUCUGGAGCCCUCACAUCCAUUUGCCGCUCAUCUUGUACCUGUCCUAGCUGCUGAUGGUCCCGGCUCUUCUCACCCACCAGCUGCCCUGAAUGGGGUGGUCCUGCCCCUAGUUUGGAUGAUUCCCUUUCUCUCACAAGGAUCCGUUCAGCCGCUCUUCCCAGACCUGCCCCAGACUGACUUUGGAGACCCUGCACUGGAAGGCUGUCCUUCUUCUCCCCGGCACAUCCCCCCUCCCUGGCCCCAGUCCCCACCUCUCGCAUCUAACACGUAACCCCUCACUCGGCCCUUCCUUCCUCAGGUGCCCUGGGAGCCAGGUGGAACCUCCUUUCUUCAAUGGGCUCCAGAAGAUCCCAUGUUUUUGUGUCACUUGGACCCUUCACCCAGCCUCGAGCGGGGAACAGAGAGAUGAGCAAUGAGAGCCUCUGGUCAGAGGGGCUGGGGCAUGGGGAUGCAGAUAGAGUGCUUUCAGGGACAUUGGAAUGGGGGAUUGGUGCUCUGGCAAAAGGUGAAGCAUUGGAGAAGAGGAGGAACAGCUGCUGUGGCCUCUUCCUCAUGCCCAUGUUUGUCUGGGUUAGGGAAGAGGUGAAAGAGAGGGGCGAUGAAGUACUCUGUCACUUCUUUCACCUUAUUGUGUCCUCUGACACCCCCCCACACACACGCUCCCACCCCAGCUAGUUCAAAUUCCACCUAUGGAGGAGAGGAUGCUGGGCCUGAGAUGGUGCUAUACCCUCCCAGGAGCCAAAGCCAAGCAGGACUGCUUUUGCCAAGAAUUAACAGAAUAUCAGAGCCAAAAGGAACCUUGGAGAUCUCUUAGCUCUGCCUCCUUAUGCAAAUUCCUAUAAAAACAAGGCUGGAGACAGAUAGUGACCUGCUCAGGGUCACUGCUGAGCCAGAAUGAGGACCCAGGUCUCCCGACUCUCCCUUGAUGAUGUCCUCUUCCCUCUUGAUGAUGUCUUUUCAAAACCCAUUAAGUGCCUUUUCCCGGGGAUGGGGCUGAGUGUGGCUGGCAAGGAGAGGCAAGCCGGCUGUGAACUGCCCCAUGGUGUUGUGGGGACGGAGCUGCUCCCGCCUCCCUGGCCUGCCCCUGCUAGUCCAUUCCCCAACCUGGGCUGAAAAGCUCCACGCCUGGCCAGCUGCCCCAGUCCUGCAGCUCUCCCAGACCCCGGGCAUCUUCACAGGGCCAGCUCGGGCACUGAGACUACCGUUGCAACCCCAACACUGGUUUUCAGGAGCCAGGAGGCGACGAUAACCAGCUGGACUCAAUAGCCUUCCCUUCACGUUGACUGGACCUUCUUUCCCUUUGCAGGGAGAAGAAGAAGGAAGGGAGGAAGGAAGGGAGGCAGUGUAGGUCUGAGCAGCCUUUUUUCUCAGAGGCCUCCCGGGAGGGGGAAAAGAGAAGACAAGA